AUGAAUGGCAGCCCGCUUCUAAUCCAGCCGGAAGGAGCCGUCAAUUUUAUCGCCCUGGGAUCAGCUGGGGCCGUGUUUGAGGACAGCAACGGACAAGUCGUCAAAACAGCUCUCAAGCACGAUGUCAAGGGUUGCAGCCAGCAGGUUAUCGAGCAUACCCGGCAUAUAGAGUCUAUCUCGGAAAUAUGCAUCGAGCGCGAAAAAUCCAUUUACAAAGCACUGCCGAAGCAUCCUCGCAUUCUUGACUGUCUCGAAACCAAAGAGAAGAGCCUCCAUUUCCCAUUUUACCGGCUAGGAAAUCUCCGUGAAUAUAUACAGCACAACGAGAUAAUAGACAGCCAUAUCCGGGAUCAGUGGGUCGAAAAUGCCAUCGAUGCCAUCGCCUUGAUACAUGCCCAUGAUGUGACCCAUGCUGACAUUAGCCCACGUAACUUUCUUGUGGCCGACGACCUAUCGAUCAAACUGUGCGAUUUUGCCGGAUCGGCCAUGGGCGACUUGCAGCCCUUGGUUGAGGAAGAAGACCGGUACCGAAUGGCGCCGCUGUCGCCACGGAAUUUCAAGACUGAUCUGUUUGCCCUGGGAUGCUUGAUCUACGAAAUAUCCACGGGGAGUCGGCCCUACGACAAGAUCGACGACACUGAAGAAGUCGAAAAGCUUUACAAGGCGCGGAUGUUUCCGAAACUUGAUGACGUUAAAUAUCGGAAUAUCAUCUACAAAUGCUGGACAUGCCAAUAUGAAGGUGUGGAAACACUCUGGAGUGACUACCGCCACUGCACUUAUCAGGCAGAUGCUGGAGGGGAGCUUGCAGCACAAUGGAAGUACGCACCGUCAACUUUACUUGAAAAUUGA